AGCUUUAUUGAGGAAGAAGAGACAAUUUCACCAAAUCCAUUAAUUCCAACAUAGAACUGAAGAAGCAAAAUGUCCACUUUCAAACUAAUCGUAGGAAGGAUUUCGAGGUUAGUCCCCAAUGGAAGAAGUGGCUCGAGCUCAAGGAUUUAUGUCACUGCGGCUACUAGACCACUCCAAGAUAGCAAGAAGGAGAGAGAGACUAAGAAGGAGAAAGAUCAGAAGACGAUAGAAGCCAUGGAGUCGAUCAAAGAAGGGAUGGUCAAAGUGAAGGAGACCGCAGAAUUCGUUAAAGGUGCCACUGCCAAGACUACCAAAAGCGUGACCUCCAUGGCAAAUAAAAUAUCAAAAGCGGUGUCGGACACAACCGGAGCUAUUGCAGACAAAGCAACAGACUCAAUAAUCAAAGACGCCACUAACUACAUCAAGGACAAAGCCGAGGACAAAUGAUUAUAUUUUAUUAUUAUUCUGUGAUACAAUACAUAUACUGUUGGAACGGCUUGGCAAAGAAUCACAGUAAUAUUCUUCUUUUAGUUUUAAUUCGUACCAAUUAAUUGUUUCUAUCUGAACAGUUUUUAAUUACUGUUAUGAUCAUAUCGAGAAUGGAAUUUUUGGUGUCUGUUUGGUA